UCAACAAUGACAAGCGCGAGAAACUCGACUGUUUCGACACACAGUGUGGCUGAUGCACACUUACUCGCAUUACUGGAGGGAAAGCAAUACCUUGGCCAAAUUAACGACAAAGGCUCCAGACUGUCAGCAUUGUUUCCUACGAAACUUCUGGAGACGAUAUUGGUUAUCCCAAGCAAUGUUCGUCAAUCUGAGGACGAGAUGGCUGGAGAUGAGCUAUCGGCAACUUCAUUCGACGAUAUGCAGAGAUCAGUUCAAAUCAUUGGAUUGCCAAAGCCUGAGAAAGUGAAACCUAGAAUGAGCCAUCACUUCGAAUCUGAGCAUAUCAUCAAUGACGACGACCCUGCUGAAGGACCUGAUUACGACUCUGAACCACAAAUGCAAUAUCUGGUCCCCAGUCGACCAAACGCCUUAUCACCCGAGUGUCGUCAGCAAGGCUGUGGAUAUCGUCACCCAACAUAUUACGGAGGAGCAUGUGAGAGAGUUGGAUCUUGCGGAUAUGGCAGAGGAUAUGGCGGGCCUCAAAGACCACCACAAGCUUACUUUCCGGGAGGCCGAAGGCAACGAAGAUACGGAGGAGGAUACUAUUAUGGUGCAGGAGGUUGUGGAUAUGGCAGAGGUGGGUAUCCCGGUUGUGGGCCUGAUUACACACAAAGACCGAUGCUUGUUCGACGGCAUGGCGGGUUUUGCUGUUGUUGUUGA